CUCCUUUCCUCACAUCUUCCUCUCUCUCCAAAAAAAAAGAUCUCAUCAUUACAAAACCUCUUCUCUCCAUUAUAUUUACACACACACUUCUCUCCUCUUUAAUCAUACAACCCACAACACCAAGAGGGAAAGAAAAAAAAAAAAACACCCACCAAAGAACUCUCUCAAAAUCAACAAAAUGGAUAUUAAUAGUAAUAACAAAGCAAUAAUGGUAAAAGCUAAGGACCGACUCUUUCAAGGCCGCGAGUAUUUCAUUAAGCUUCAGCAACUCCUCUCUCAACUCGGGUUGGGUCAGGGACCAGCGGAGGAUCUCGUUGCCAAAAUCUCGGAGACUUUCAAUGACACAAUCUCUGUUCUUGAUUCCUUUGAACCCAUCUCCUCCUCCUCCUCUCUCGUCACCGCCGUCGAAGGCUCUCAAAAUGCUUCUUGCGACAACGACGGCAAGCUUGAAGAUUCCGGCGAUAGUCGGAAAAGAUUGGGACCCGUUAAGGGCAAAAGAGGAUGCUACAAGAGAAAGAAGAGAUCGGAGACGUGGGCUGUAGAGUCGACCACACUUGAGGAUGCAUUUUCUUGGAGGAAAUAUGGACAAAAGGAGAUUCUUAAUGCUAAAUUCCCAAGAAGUUACUUUAGGUGCACACACAAGUACACACAAGCGUGCAAAGCAACAAAGCAAGUGCAGAAGCUAGAGCACGAACCCAGGAUGUUCAACAUCACAUACAUUGGAAACCACACGUGUAACACCGUCGAAGUAACACCCAACAUCAAGCCUUGUGAUAAUCAUGAUGAGGAUUCUGAAGAGCGCAAGAGUCCUAGUUUGACUACCUCGAUGAAGGAAGAGGAAGAGAAUCAUCAUGGUUCGUCCACGGAGAGUGACUUGCAACUGGUGUGGCAAGAAAUGUUGGUGUUUCAAGAGGAAGAUCAUCAUCAUCAUCAUCAUCAUCAUGACGCUAUUUAUGGCUGUGGUGAAACUACUGCGUCUAUUAAUGGUUUGGAUUCCACGGAUCUUUGGAGUUGGCAGCGAUUUCCAGGUUCAGAGACAAUGAACAGCUCUCUUACUUCGGACCAUGUUUCAAUCUAGCUUUAUUUUAUUACAUUACUAUAGAAUGGAACAUCUAUAUUUUGUCACCUUCUCUAGAGAAUUAAUCAUCAGGUUUGUAGAAUGGAAGAUAUAUAUAUAUAUGGUGCCCUCUUCUCUAAUGAGUGUCCGUACUGUAUAUAUAGUAGAAUAUUGUAAUAAUACUCUUGCUGAAUUAAUCAUUUUCUUUGAUCUACCGUACCUCAUUUUUCGUAUUAUUCAGAGAUAUAUUUACUAGUGUUUUCCUGUAAUUAGCACAUCAAUGAGAAAUAUUUUAUCUCUAUGAUAAGAACAAUCAUGGAGCUUUUU